GCACCCGUGGCAGCUUGGUUCCUGCGUAGAUGCUGGGGCUGUAGGCGCCGCGCGGUCAGCUGGUUGCAGCUCGCAGGGAGGACGCCGGCGAUCGCCUUCCCUGCGCUGGCCCUGCCGCUGCCAUGAUUCCGGUAUCGCUGGUGGUAGUGGUGGUGGGCGGCUGGACUGCCGUCUACCUGACCGACUUGGUGUUGAAGUCAUCUGUAUAUUUUAAGCAUUCUUAUGAAGACUGGCUGGAAAACAACGGAUUGAGCAUCUCCCCUUUUCACAUAAGAUGGCAGACUGCUGUUUUCAAUCGUGCCUUUUAUAGUUGGGGACGGCGGAAAGCAAGGAUACUUUACCAGUGGUUCAAUUUUGGAAUGGUGUUUGGUGUAAUUGCCAUGUUCAGCUCUUUUUUUCUUCUGGGAAAAACGCUGAUACAGACUUUAGGCCAAAUGAUGGCUGACUCUUCUUAUUCCUCCUCCUCCUCCUCUUCCCAUUCUUCCUCCUCUUCCUCUUCUUCUUCCUCCUCUUCCUCCUCCUCUUCCUCACUUCACAAUGAACAGGUGCUCCAAGUUGUGGUUCCUGGCAUUAAUUUACCUGUCAACCAACUGACCUAUUUCUUCGCUGCAGUCCUCAUUAGCGGUGUUGUACAUGAAAUUGGACAUGGAAUAGCAGCUAUUAGGGAACAAGUUCGAUUUAAUGGCUUUGGGAUUUUUCUCUUCAUUAUUUAUCCUGGAGCAUUUGUUGAUCUGUUCACCACUCAUUUGCAACUUAUAUCACCAGUCCAGCAGCUAAGGAUAUUUUGUGCAGGUAUCUGGCAUAAUUUCAUCCUUGCACUCCUGGGUAUUUUAGCUCUUAUUCUCCUUCCUGUAAUUCUCUUGCCGUUUUACUACACUGGAGUUGGGGUGCUUAUCACUGAAGUUGCUGAGGACUCACCUGCAAUUGGACCCAGAGGCCUUUUUGUGGGAGACCUUGUCACCCAUCUACAGGAUUGUCCUGUUACCAAUGUACAAGACUGGAAUGAAUGUCUGGAUACCAUCACCUAUGAGCCCCAAAUUGGUUACUGUAUAAGUGCAUCAACUUUGCAGCAGUUAAGCUUCCCAGUUAGAGCAUACAAACGGCUAGACGGUUCGACUGAAUGCUGUAACAAUCACAGCCUUACAGAUGUUUGCUUUUCCUAUAGAAAUAAUUUUAAUAAGCGUUUGCAUACAUGUCUACCUGCCCGGAAAGCAGUUGAAGCCACCCAAGUUUGUAGAACCAAUAAAGACUGUAAAAAAAGCUCAAGUUCAAGUUUCUGUAUAAUACCUUCUUUGGAAACUCAUACGCGCUUAAUAAAAGUGAAACACCCACCUCAAAUUGAUAUGUUAUAUGUAGGACAUCCGCUGCACCUUCACUACACAGUGAGCAUCACCAGUUUUAUCCCACGUUUCAAGUUUCUAAGCAUAGAUCUGCCUGUGGUUGUGGAGACAUUUGUCAAGUACCUGAUUUCCCUCUCGGGAGCGCUGGCAAUUGUUAAUGCAGUGCCCUGCUUUGCUUUGGACGGACAGUGGAUUUUAAACUCUUUCCUAGAUGCUACUCUUACCUCAGUGAUUGGAGACAAUGAUGUCAAAGAUCUGAUAGGAUUUUUCAUCUUGCUUGGUGGCAGUUUACUUUUGGCUGCCAAUGUGACCCUGGGCCUCUGGAUGGUUACAGCACGGUAAUAUUUGGACUCAUCUGAUAGAAUCUCUGAGUUACAAUAUAUAAUACUGAAAACCUUACUUGGUAUGAAAUAAAAACUGUUUCCUUAAAAUUGCAUUUUAGCCAACAACUUUAAGUUCUUUAUUCAGCAUAUCCAAACUCUGGGACUGGGGUGAAACAGAAGAAAUGAAAGACAUACUCCAUGAUUACAUUCUAGUUUUACAGACUGAACCUACAAACUUCAGAUGCUUGUGGAACAACUGAAACAAGUGCAAAUUCAUGUUAAACCAUUUUUGUGUGGCUACAUACUGUAUUGAAAUACUGUAAAGGAAAACAGAAUUGGGUAGGAUUAAUUGAGAAAAAACUUCCUGAAAAAGCAUCAUUAAUUCAGAUUUGAAGAAGACCAGACUUUGGCCCAGUGGGAAGGUGAGCAUUUUCUUGGUCUAUAUCUCUUGUCUUUAGUCUUGUUGGAAAAGUAUUUUUAAAAUUCAGUGGUAUGUUGGUGGCUCAGAUGUUAAAGAAUUUGCCUGCAAUGCUGGAGACCUGGGUUCAAUCCCCAGGUUGGGAAGAUCCCCUGGAGAAGGGAAUGGCUACCCACUCCAGUAUUCUUGCCUGGGAAAUCCCAUGGACAGAGGAGCCUGGCAGGCUACAGUCCAUGGGGUUGCAAUGAGUCAGACACGACUGAGCAACUAACACACACAUUGUUUUGUACUCUUGACAACUGAGGUCUGAUUACAAUUAAUAAAAUUCUAUAAGAGAAACUGCCAAUGCAAAAGGGAACAUCUUUGUUAGAUGAUCCCAGUAAAUGAACACCUCGGAAGUAGACUCUAUAAUAUCAUGAGACAUGUCUUGCCACCCAAGAGUUGCCUCUUUGAUAAUAUGCCCCCAUACCCACAUAAAGCAGCAGCAGCCUUGACAUUCAGAAUGAGCUGUAGGAAGUAUCUCCUACCUGCAGCAUAUGAGCUUGAGACAGUUAGGGGUGAACCUCAAAACUGAGCCAGCUGGCUCUUGCAGCAGAUCACAAGACAGAUCACAGAACCUUGUGCAGUCCUGGUUACCUUUCUCUACAAGCUUCAAAGCUUGGAACCGCUCCAGAAUAGACAUUUUCUCUUGUGCUGCUGGGGCUACCUUGGACCUAGUUCCUAGGCUCCUGUCUUCAAGAAGCAAUUACUCUAAGCCAUGAAGCAUACUCUGUCCUCACUAAUGUCUUCCAUGUUUCUCUGUGUUGGGGAAUUAAAUACGUAGUUCUUCCUUUCUGCCUUUCCCCUAAGCUACCUCUGUGGGUCCACAAAAGACUUGGUAGUAGAGUGAGAAUGGCUACGUGUGAGAACAAAUGUGCAUUUGCUGGAGCCUGGUAAUUGACUCUUGAGCCCGAAAGAGCCCUACCUAGUUUGAGAUCUUUCAAACUGGUGCUGCAGCCCUGGAAGAUCUAGGAAGUCAAUAGGCCAGUGUGAAGCUAUUAGUAUUAAAAGUAUAUGAGCAUGCUGUUUCUUUGAUGAAAAAUCUGUGCUCUCAUAUACUCAAAAACAUCAAUAGUCCUGUAUCCAACUUUUUCACUAAGUGAGAUAUUCAAGGGGUUCACCUCUUUCAGAUUGCUUAGCUGCUCUUAGGCAAUAAAACUUUUUAAUCAUUUUUAAGGAAACUUUAGAUUGUGUUAUAAAUCUGCCUGCCUUCUUGAAGAGAAAUUGUAUAUUGAAUAUAAUUUUAAUAUUUUUUAAAUGACCUCUAUUACCACUACUUAAAAACUGUACAAAUUAUUGGUUUAUCCCAGGGAAAAAGCAUUUGUUCUACUCUCAGGCAGACAGUCUUUCAGGAUUAAAGUAUAUUAGCAGAGUAAUGCACAGACCUAUUCAGGUAAUAAAGCUUGAGGACUACCAUGAAAUACUUAUAUUAUUGAUUUGAUUACAUGAACUAAGCAGUUUACUAAUGGAAUUGCUAUAUACAUGCAUGUCAUUUUUUUUUAACUGAGAAAAAAAUUUAAUAGAUGAAAUCUUACCCAUAAACUCCUUUCUCUGGAUGAAAAAAAAAACAAGCACAUCAUUUUCUUAUGGCUUUUAAACACCUUGGUCUUCUGCUCCAUCGGGUCAGAAUUUGGGAACAGUCUAUUAGAAUAUUGAGCAAUUCAGUCCUGUUUUUACAGAAAUAGCCUCAUUGUGUAAGAAAAGAAAUGUUAUGUGUUGUCUCUUCAGCCUCAUUGUGGGCACUUCUAGAGCAAGGACCAUGUCAUACUCAUCUUUCUAUCCCUGGUACAGUGCAUGAGACAUCAAAACUACUUAAUAAAUGUGGUUGAAUGAAUGAUGUUUAGUGUUAUUUAUGGAUUAGAAAAGCAUGUUUCUAUUUAAGUAAGCUGUAAAAAGUGUUAUUGAAUAUUUCAUGUAAAUAUAUGUUAACAUAAAAAAUUAGCUUGGAAGAUCUUUGUGUCCCUGGUAGAUUAUCAUCUUUAUGAAUAUAGUUCAUUUUGGUUUCUGUAGAGCCACCUAAAAAUGAAUUGUUUUAAGGAUUUGAAGAAAGUGUUGUCACUUGUUCAACAGUAAAACUGUAUUUUCAGCGUUCCUACUCUGCAUUGUUUACAUUUUUGAGGGUUGUUUUUAAUCACUUAAAACCUGUAAAGAAUGUAUAUAUCCUUUUCAGCAUCUCUGUUUGAAAAGACAUGCAGUUAAACUUGACCUUUUGAUAAUUGCUCUUAUAGGUCAUCUGUUCCAAUCGUAAAUUGUUUAAACCAGGCUUCUUGGGUAUGUGGCUCUUAGUCAUCAGUUUGUCCUGUGGUAUUUAUUGAAUGUCCACAUACUAGUGGUACACAGGUAUUUUUUUCUAUAAAUCUUACAACUAAGUUUAACUUGAAGAUACCAUAGUUGCUGGCAUUCAAUGUUUAGCAAUAAAAAUAAAUGUGUACCAGCAUUCUAUGUUUUAUCAUCUAUGUGUUGUCUUUUUUUUUAAUUUGUAUUCUUUUCUGUCAAAAUUGUUCCUUUUACAUACAGUACAAUCUUAGAUGUUUUAAAAUUCUUGAUUCUAAAUGCAGCCUCAGUUUUCACUUAAGCAAUCACAUAUGAAAGUUGUUGACAGAUCACAGAAAGAAGUCUUCGUUUAACGUGAAAUCCCUGUGCUCUCACUACUGUUUUCAAAAUGGCUUGCUUAUUCAUGGGUGAGGAAAGAAGACUAUCAUGUUUCAUUACUGUGUGACAGGUCUUCUCUAAUUUAGGUUAUGUUUUUAGGAAUUCAUGAGAAGAAGUGUUUUAACUAUGAUAUUUGGUUCUUCACUUUUUGCCCUGGUGCUUCCUACCAUGUUCACAGAGCCAACCUCCCAGACAAAUACACACACACACUCUCUCUCUCUCCUCUUCCCUCUCUUCCUCUCAUUGUUUGGUUACUAAGGGCCAAAUAAAACAGCCUGGGGAUUUAACCCACUUCCUGAUUGGUCAGCCCUCAUUUCACUUCUCCUCUUUGCCUCUGAUCCCAUUAUGCUACAGUGAAGAGCCACAAGACUAGAUGAUUGAUUUUCUAUCAGCUUUACUGAGAUAUAAUUAAACACUAUAAAGUUCAGCUAUUUAAAGCAUACAAUACAAUGUAGACUUUUUCUUUUAAUAACUCAUCAAAUAAUACUACACAUAUGCUUUAGUAUAAUCUAGCUUUUUAAGUACUUGAACAUGUGAUAAAAGACAGGAAGAAAAAAAACCUAUUUCACAGCUAUGUGAAUUCUGGGAAUGAUUUUCACCAUUGGAAUAGAGUUGGGUAACAAAUUUAUUUUUAAGGUAAAGCAUGUGGAUAUGCUUAUUGAGACAGUAAGCCUUUAAAAAUCAGCGCAUAUGCAAGCUACUCUUGCUGUUUAGGCCAUACUAAUUUGAAUAAUCCAUUGUAUAUUUUAUCAGACCAUGGCAAAUGAAUUCAAUGAGGGGAAGGCCUCUUAUUUCACAACCUAAUGCUACAAUAGGUUAUAUUCAGGGUGGAGGUAGAAAAAAUAGCUAAAGGAAGUUACAGUUCUAAUUACCAACCAGGUUAUAUUGUGUAGUUUGAUUUCCCACUACAGAAAGAAAAAAUACCCUUAUAGCUUAAUUUUAUUUAGCUAAAGAUCAAUGGAUAUUCAAUAAAUGUCCCUUCUUAUUAUCUGAGUGUUUCUCAGACUUUUGUACUUAAGUGCUCUAUACACUGUAGAGGUGGGAAAACCCUGAAGUAUCUAAGAGUAUAAUCUUGUAAUUGGCUCUCCAUCCUAUAAAAUUGAAAAUCACUUUAUGUUACCUUUUCUUUUAAAAUUUGACUUUGCUGGCAUGUGUGGUCUAGUUCCCCAACCAGGGUUAGAACCUGGGCCCUGGUUUGGGAGCAUGGAGUCUUAGCCACUGGACCACCAGGGAAGUCCCUCACUUUAUCUUAACUUCUUGUGAAUUUUACAUUCCAUUAAUCAGGCAUCAGGAAGCCAGUCCUCUUCUUAAAGAUAUGAAACUCUAAACUGUAAAAGAAUUAGAUGCUAAGAAUAUUAAGAUUUUCUUCAUGUCUAAAACACAUUGAUGGACAGAUUCUUGGCAGUCCAGUGGUUAAGACUUGGCACUUUGACUUCCAUGGCCCGGGUUCAAUCCCUGGAUCUGGGAACUAAGACCUGGCAAGCUAUGCAGUGCAACUAAAAAAAUAAAUAAAACACAUUGGUAGAGAGUAGUUUAUAACAGCUGGUCUAUAGACUAGUGACAGUCUAUGUUGGUGUCCUUGGAUCCAUAGUGAAAUAAAGAUAAUGUGUGUGUUGUUAAAACGUUACCUGCUGCCCUUUAGCAAAGAGUUCUCCUUUAUUUGGGGUAUAGAAAUACAAUAAUUUCACUUAGCACUUAGUGGCUGUCUGUAACUGACACACAUUCACUGGCAAGGUGUGAGGCUUUCUUGUUUACCUACAUCCUUACCUCCUCCUGAAUUAUCUGAUUUCCAUGUUCUGUCAAAUCCUUUGAUGCAAAAUGGCAUUUCCUUUAAAUUUGCAUUUCUCAUAUUAUUAAUAACAUUGCACAUCUAUAUUUGCUUAGCCAUUUGGACUUUUCAUUCUGCUAAUUGCUUAUUGUUAUCCUUCAUUCAAUUUUCCAUUGAGCAUCCUAAAUUUUUCUUAUCCAUAGGAAUUUUUUAUACAGUCUGCAUUAGGGACUGACAGACUACAGCUUGAAAGCCAAAUCCUGCUCACCAGCUAUUUUUAUAAGUUUCUAUUGAAACACAACCAUAUUCUUUCAGUUUUAUAUUGUCUAUGGCUGAUUUCAUGCUAUCAGAGAAGACAAUGGCAACCCACUCCAGUACUCUUGCCUGGAAUCUCACAUGGACAGAGGAGCCUGGUAGGCUGCAGUCCAUGGGGUGGCUAGGAGUCAGACAUGACCUAGCGACUUCACUCUCACUUUUCACUUUCAUGCAUUGGAGAAGGAAAUGGCAACCCACUCCAGUGUUCUUGCCUGGAGAAUCUCAGGGACGGGGGAGCCUGGUGGGCUGCUGUCUAUGGGGUCGCACAGAGUCGGACACAACUGAAGUGACUUAGCAGCAGCAGCAGCUUUCAUGCUAUAACAAACAGGGUUGAACAGGUGCGAUAGAGACCACAUGGCCCAUAAAACCUAAAAUGUUUGCUAUUUACAGAAUAACCCAUGAUCUAGAUAUCAACUCUUGUCCAUUUCAGAUGUUGCAAAUAAUUUUUCCUAGUCUAUCACCCAUCUGUAAAUUUUGAUUUAUGAGAUCCUUUGUUGAACAAGGAUGUUUAGUUUGAUGUAAAGUCUAUUAAUUUCUUGAUUCAUUGUUUGUAUUUUGUGAGUCUUACAAAGUUCUGUCCUGUCCCAAAGUCAUAGCAAUAUCCUACACUUUCUUCUCUAUGCUUUAGAGUUGUACUUUCACAAUGUCAUCUUUGAUUUCUAGAAUAUAUGGUUUGAGAUAGGAAAUCCAGGUUUAUUUUUCUGUAUAAAAUGAACUGUCUUUAAAAUAGAUGUAAUAGUAUUUUCUUUAUAAGAUGUUAAAUAAAACAGUUUACAUAAAGUUCUGCAUAUGAUGCCUAACAUACUCAAGUUACUGCUAUGUACAUAAACUACUUUCAGAAUGCAGAAUUAUUACAUAAGUUUGCCCUCAUAUCUCAGUCCCCACUGGCAUUAGAUCUUGCCUCCUUUUGGUCUGCCAUUUUGGUUUCCAGUGCCUUCAAGCUAGCUCUGGUUGUCCAGGGUAUAUCCUCAGGACUUGACCCUUUUAAACAUUUCUUCCCCCAAUCAAAAUGGACCUAAUAUCAUAUUGAAGAUGUUAACUAAGGAUUUUGUUCACUGAAACUAUUUAAAAUAACCUGUGUUUAUGGGUAUAUUCAUAUGAUGAUAGUAACAUGGACAUUUAAAUCUGAUCUUAUCCAAACUGUCUUAACUCAAAAGAAGGCACUAUGAUGGACCAAUACAAGAGAGAAUUCGGGAUAGAAUAGACUUUGAGGACUAAAUCAGAUAAUAUAAAGCUGUACAAAGUCUGGGAUAUUGCAUUUCAAAGUAAGCUUUUUUUUUAACAAGUUAAUUUACACUUUUUUGGUUAGAAAAGAUGCCAAACUACUUCUUUAAAUUUAUUUUUUAAUUGGAGUAUCAUUCCUUUCACAGUGAUUCAUAAACUUCUUAUUUUUAAUGUCUGUUUUUUUGUGGAAAUUUUUAUCCACAUCCUUUGCCCAUAUUUCCCUGCAGUGAUUAUCACCUUCUUCUUGCUUCUCAUCAUUCAAGACUCACAUUUUCACAAAGGGUUUGCAAAUAUAUUGGACUGUAUCUUGACUUCUUUUCCAGGUCCUUGACUUUCAUACUUUAUUCCUAGCAUUCUUUCUUCCCUUUCAGCCACUUUGUUUCCACCUUUAAUGGCUUCUAAUUUUCUUCCUAGGCCUUAUGUGUCACCGGCAAUCUACAGGGGGAGGUAGCACUUAGCAAUGUACAGAACAUUCACUUCUCCAGUUAGGCCAUCCCCUUUUCUGUUACAGAGAUACCUGGGAAAAAGAGGUUGGUAAUUAGGAGUUUGCUUUGGGAAUAUAGAAUUAGAACAGAAGGAGAUAGAUAAUGUAACUUGGGGGCCUUUAUAACUAUUUCUUACUAGAAAAGAAAUGUAAGUUCAUUAUAGAAAAUAUGUUAAAUGAAAGUAAAUUUCUUGAAAAAAAUAGCAUAUAUUGUAAUUGGUAAACUGCUUUUUAAACUUGACAAUGUAUUACAAGCAUUUUUCAAUAUUAUUAAUAUUCUAGUGUUGUUUUAAUGGAUAUAUAAUAUUCCAGUGUUAAAUAUGCCAUAAAUCAAUCAGCAACCCCUAUUAUUUCCAAUUCUGUGAUAUUAUAAACAAAGUUGUGAGGACUAUCCUUAUAACUAAAACUUUCUGUAUAUCUAUGAUUUUGGAUAAUUCCAGAAAUUUUCAAGAUAAUACUGAAAAGAAAAAUGGCAAUCUUGAAAUUGAACAAAAUUUUAUAUAUACAUAUUGCCUUGUUGCAUUUACAUUCUUUUGUGUUAAUUGAGUAAGAAAAAAUGGCAUCUCAUUUUAAUUCACAUUUCUUUGAUUGUAAAAGAGGUUUAACAGAUUUAAAUGUAUUUAUUGGCCAUUGUAUUCUUUUUAUUUAUCCCCAUUUAUCCCCCUUUUUAUUUAUCACCCCAUUUUGCAUGGCAGUGAUUAUUGUCUUCUUACUGCUUUUCCUCAUAAGCUCAGCUCCACCAUUUGAUUUGUUAUAGGUGAAUAUAUUAAAACAUCAUUUAAAUAUAA